CUCUCUCUCUCUUCCCAAACCAAAGGCCACGUACGGCACGCGAAGGAAUUCCAUGGGGUCAAAAAUACUCUCUAGUGGAAUUCGGCUGUCGAGCUUGCCGGAGAGUUACGUGAGACCGAUAUCCGAGAGACCUAAGCUCUCGGAGGUGAGCUACUGUGAAAACGUACCGGUGAUCGACUUAGGAGGCACUGUACACAAAUCCCAAAUAAGCCUACAGAUCGGAGAUGCAUGUCGUUCUUAUGGCUUCUUCCAGGUGAUCAAUCACGGAGUGGGUAUAGAGUUGACGGAGAGAAUGCAAGAGAUGGCGCAAGAGUUCUUCGACCUACCAUUGGAUGAGAAGAUGAAGUACUAUUCUGAUGAUCCAUCAAAGACGAUGAGGCUAUCCACAAGUUUCAAUGUCAAUAAAGAGAAGGUUCACAACUGGAGAGACUACCUUCGACUCCAUUGCUAUCCCCUCCAAGACUACGUCCAUCAGUGGCCUUCUCACCCACCUUCUUUCAAGGAAGUGGUGAGCACAUACUGUGGGGAAGUUCGAGGACUUGGGUUGAGAAUAAUGCAAGAAAUAUCAGAGAGUUUAGGGUUGGAAAGGGAAUAUAUGGAGAAGGUGUUGGGUGAACAAGGGCAGCACAUGGCCAUAAAUUACUACCCACCAUGUCCAGAACCGGAGCUGACAUACGGGUUGCCCGGUCAUACAGACCCGAAUGCAAUUACCAUCCUUCUACAAGACCAACGAGUGGCAGGCCUGCAAGUGUUAAAAGAUGGCAACUGGAUGGCUGUCAAUCCCCACCCAAACGCCUUCGUCAUUAACAUCGGCGAUCAGUUACAGGCACUUAGCAAUGGACGAUACAAGAGUGUAUGGCAUCGAGCCAUUGUGAACUCGGACAAGCCAAGGAUUUCUGUGGCUUCUUUCCUUUGCCCUGCUGAUGAUGCGGUGAUUGAGGCACCAAAAGAAUUGGCGGAGGACGGGUCCCAAGUCCCGGCCUUGUACAGAAACUUUACUUAUGCGGAGUACUACAAUAAGUUUUGGAGCAGGAGCUUGGACCAACAACAACAUUGCCUUGAACUUUUCAACAAUUGAAAUAA